AUGGAACCUCAACAACAACAACAACAAUACUAUCAUCAAACCCAAGCCCAGCAGGGCGGUGGGAACGAAGAGGGGGGAGGGAGUGGGAGCAAGAACAGCAACGGAUACCUUUGCAGGCAAAGCAGUACGAGGUGGACGCCGACAACGGAGCAGAUAAGAAUCUUGAAGGAGCUUUACUACAACAAUGGCGUGAGGUCCCCAACGGCGGACCAGAUUCAGAGGAUCUCCGCCAAGCUGAGGCAGUACGGGAAGAUCGAGGGCAAGAACGUCUUUUACUGGUUCCAGAACCACAAGGCUCGCGAGCGCCAGAAGAAGCGCCUCACCGCCUCCGCCACCGCUCCCCCAGAUGCCGCCGCCUUCUCCAUGCAAAUGCAGAGACCAGGCGUUUGGAGAUCCGCAGAUCACUGCUCCACCUUCAACCCUCCAGCGUCUUCUUCUCCUGGAAUGGUGGCUGUUGGUCAGAUAGGGAACUAUGGCGGCUAUGGAAGCACUGUGGCUAUGGAGAGGAGCUUCAGGGACUGCUCAAUAUCAGCAGGAAGCAAUGGGAAUGGGUGUGUAAUGGCGGCGUCUCAAAACUAUGGUUGGGUUGGGGUAGAUCAUCAUCAUCAUCAUCCCUACUCUUCAUCAACCCCAUACUACCCUUUUCUUGACAAGAUCAAGUCCACUUAUGAUGACCAUGAAACCCUAGAAGAGGAUCAGCAAGAUGAAGAUGAUCAGAAGGAGCCAGAAACCCUUCCUCUCUUCCCAGUACACGCAGAUCACCACCACAGCUUCUACGGUGGCAAGCCGCCGCAGGACUCAUCCAACGGCGGCGGAUACUACACCAACACUGAUCAGUGGUUCCACUAUGACAACAAUGGGUCUGCAUCUAGGGCUUCCCUUGAGCUCACCCUCAACUCCUACAACAUUGCCACUUCUUCUCACCAUUUCCCCUAG